CAGACAAUGUAACAGAUCGUAUUACUUUUAUAAUUAAAUUUUUAUUAUCAUUGCAAAAGACCAAUCAGGAUUUUGUUUAAAAGAUAUUGGAGUUUUAUACAGAUAAAAAUAUCAAUUUUGCUGACGAUAAAAUUAAAGAUGAUAUAGUACACAUUUGUGUUAGUUACUUGAUAUGAGUAUAAAAAGUAAAAAGAAGAUGCUUGGUGAAUAAAUAAUCAUAAGCCUCUUAAUGGUAACAGCGUAAAGAUGAUGUUUAAGUCAGUGAUCUUUUCUGUUUUCUCUAUCAUUUUAGCAGGUAUCUUUUCAAAAUCUUUAAUUUGUAUACAGUGCUACUAUGAUGACUGCUCCACGGAUGAAAAUGAUAUGAAAGUUAGAUGUAAUGAUUAUGAUAAAGAAGUACCGGAUAUAGCGCCUUAUUUAGUUAGUAUUCAAUUGAAUGGUAUCCAUAUUUGCAGUGGUGUAAUUAUUACAUCAUGGGAAAUUUUAACAUUGGGACAAUGUGUCUACCCUUUUGUAUCUCCAUCAACUCAUAAAUUGAUUUCAAUUUACAUUGGAAGUCAAAAUCGUUAUAAAGAUGGCUCUACAUAUAAAGUUUCAUCUGUUAGAGUACAUGCAUCAUUUGGAUUAAGUAAUCAUACAAUACCAGCUUGGGAUAUUGCAACAAUUCGUCUUUCAGAACGUAUUAUUUUUGAUAGCACUCGUGAUCGAGCUUGUAUUGGAUUAAAAAAUACUAACAAAUCAACAAUAAUGAAUAAGAUGGCAUAUGUCGCUGAGUGGGUUGACAGUAAUAUAUAUUCAUUAAAUGAUUUAGGUUUAUUUACAUGGCAAAUUAUUUCAGAUGAAAAGUGUAAUAAAUAUUAUUCAUUUAUGGGUAAGGUGGCAAGUGCUGCACGGAUUUGUGCAGUUAAGGAUUGUCGUAUAUCUCAAGAUGUUAACAUGUGUCCUGGUGAUUUAGGAAAUCCUCUGAUGUUCGAUGGUAAACUUGUUGGUAUUAAAAUGUGGAAAAUGAGUUGUAAUUUUCCUGAUUCACCGGUUAUUUAUCGAAAUGUCAGAGACUAUUUUGAUUGGAUUGAUAACCAUACUGACGAAGCUUUAUGCUAGGUUUGCUAUGACUAAUUUUUAAAGAGUAAAGUAAAAGACCUAGUAAUGUAUUAGAAAAAGAAGAAACAGUUUCAUUAACAUCUACAAACAAACAGUAAAAUUUGGAAACAUAAUAAAAAGUUUCACACCUCAGAUACUUAUAUGUAUAUAUUUUCUGAAAAUGAAUAAAUUUUAAUAACAUAAAUUUA